AUGGCUCUGGUCCAGACUCUGGCAUCCCAAAUACCAACUAUCAAAUUCCGGCACUUAGGCAGAAAGGAACUCAGGCACGCUGACGCCUUAGCUUAUAUAUCAUCCAUGCUGAGAGAAGAAGGUAUCAAGGCAAUCAAGAUAACUAGAGUAUACGAACCCUCAGUCAUCCCUCAGGAAGCCUUCGCUGCAAAUCGUAAAGACGAUGUAGGGGAGGAUAUCGCUGACGAUGACGUAGGAGAAGACAUAACUGACGACUUUCAUGAAGAAAAUAUCAUGAAAAGAGCCAACGAAGACGAAGAUUUCAAGAACGAAGAAGAUUGGAGAACCGAAGUUCACCUUUUCCUCAAAGAAGGGACGCUGCCUGCGGACUUCAAACAAGCUAGGAAGGUGCAGUCGAAGGCAGGAAGGUAUGACCCGCGGGAUGGAAUCUUAUACAAAAAGUCUUUCAUUGGACCAUUGUUACGCUGCCUGUCACGAGAAGAAGGGCAUCGGGUGUUGAAAGACAUACACUACGGAGACGCGGGCAACCAUAACGGAAUGAGAUCGUUAGCAGAUAAGACAAAAAUGCAGGGGUAUUACUGGCCAACAAUGAUACGAGAUGCUGCGAGAAUGUCAAGGAGAUGUGAGGAAUGCCAGCGCUUUGCUAAAAGAAUCCACGCACCUGCAACAAAACUGAAUUCGGUGGAUAGUCCAUGGCCUUUCUCAAAGUGGGGCAUAAAUAUCGUGGGACCCCUGAUCGAAGGAUCGGGAAAAGAUGAUUCUUGA